AUGACUAACAUAUUCGAAAACUGUUCAUACCACUCUAUCUACGAGCCGUUUCUUCUAAAUUGCACUAAUACCACUGAGCAAUGUUAUCUUAUAAGGUACGUGGACACAAUUCAAGAAUUAAAUUUCUGGCUGAAUACUGUAAUUCCGAUAAUUUUAUUAUCGAUCGCGUUAAUUCUAAACAUCUACUUUUUAUUUAUACUGGUACCGGAGUAUAUUGAGAUGAGUGAUGUAGUCCGCAAGCAAUAUGUGUUCGUGUUAAGUCGAGGGGUGUCUAUGCUGACGGCCACUUCUGCAGAAUUAGUUAUCAGAUGUGUUCCAGUACCAUCGAUUGAUUACACCUUCUUUUUUCUUUUUUUUAUAAUUGAUGAUGUUGGGUUUUAUACGUUGCUCAGAUCCUACGUCGGCUCUGCUGUCCUACUGUACCUUGCAACUGUCCGACCGAUAGUUUAUAGUCUUAGAAUAUCUGUACGGGCGGUUUACUUGUUUGCGGCAGGGAAUAUUGUUGCCUCGGUUUUGUUGUCGGUCACCACUGCGAUAUUCCAAGCGGCUGUCCAAGCGGAGGGACCGUUUAGUUGUGAUGUGGAGCAUUGUCAACCGAUUAUUAAUGUUAUUGUUUACUCAAUCAUCGCCAUUUCCUUCAUCAUCCCCAUAUUCACCCUGUCUUUUGUCCUCAUCACCCUCCAUUUCCACAAAAAUCGAAUGGGAGUUAUUGGCUCAGACACCUCUGCAUUCACUUCAGCGCGGACACGUCUUGCCUGGACGUUAUUCACGUUCACUCUGAUAAGUUUAUCGGAAGCGAUACCCGAUUUUUAUAUGGUUGGCAUGAAAAUUGAUAGUCUCAUGGGCACUUGCAUGAAUUUCUAUCGAGCUGAUCAUUUAGUGAUUCCGGUUAUUAUGAACUCCUUUCAGAUUCUUGCGUGGUCGAUCGCCCUUAUCGUGGACCCACUAUGCGGGUUACUUUUUGAUCUAAGGAUGCGAAAAAGGUUGUUGGGACAUGUGUCAUAUGUGAAAUUGAUUAUGACUAAGGCAUUUUGUGGCACGAACGAAGAGAAGGCUGGAGGAGCUAGCUGA